AUGAAGGACUUUGACUUUUUCUGUUAUCUCUUCUCCAUAGGAAUUGAUUCUUUAGUUUCGUAUUACUUCCUCUCUCCUUUUCUAACCAAUGGUUUGCUGAAAGAAUUUCGAAAAGAGUUUCAAUCUUGUAUAGCGGCGUUUCUUGUCGUCCUGGCUUUUGGCUUUCUUCUUAAUUUAGUUUCAGUUGUUCUUCAGGUGUUCGGAUACGUUCGCAUACUACUAGCCUAUAUUCUAGAUUAUGACAUUACAUUAGAAGUGUCCGACUCAAUGAAUGAAAAUCAAUUGCCAUAA